UAUACACACUACCAAUGGCUCGAUCUGGCAGUGUCAAUUUAAAAAAUGUCUUCUUCGAAAGUGGUGGAUCACCUGUUCAUGGUUCCAUCUAUAGAAUGUCAUCCAUAAAAAAAACCCGAACACCCAGUGUCCAUGGAGGAGCAGGUGGCUCUGGCACCCGAAUUUCAUAUGGCAGUAACUAUAGCAAUACCCUUGGCAGUAAUUUGCUACGCAGCACUUCCAUAAAUGAACUGCUGCUUACAAGCAAUGAAAAAACUACCAUGCAGAAUCUGAAUGACCGUUUGGCUGCCUACCUGGAAAAGGUACACUCCUUAGAAACUUCAAACUCGGUUUUGGAAAAGCAGAUCCGGGAGUGGUGUGAAAAGACUUCCCCUAUUGUUAAGCAAGACUAUAACGCCUUCUUUAAAGUAAUUGAAGAACUUCAAGAUAAGAUUACCAAAGCCCGAAUAGAUAACACCAGGAUCAUAUUGCAAAUUGACAAUUCCAAGUUGGCUGCUGAUGAUUUCAGAGUAAAAUAUGAAACUGAGUUGAGCCUGCGACUAAAUGUGGAAAAUGACAUCACAGGAUUACAGGGACUAACUGAUGAGCUCACACUAGUUAGGGCUGAUUUGGAACACCAAAUUGAAAGUCUGAAAGAAGAACUGGCUUACCUCAAGAAACAACAUGAGGAGGAAACAGCAAGACUACGCGGACAGCUGAGUGGGAAUGUUUCUGUGGAGAUAGAUGCUGCUCCAGGCAUUGAUAUGGCCCAAGUGAUGGAAAACAUGCGCCAGCAAUAUGAAAUCCUUGCUGAAAAGAACCGUCAAGAAGCUAAGGAUCGGUUUGAUAAAUUGAUUGAACAAUUGAAUGUGGAAGUCACCACAACUACCCAUCAACUUGAAACACACAGAAGUGAGAUUACAGACCGGAGGAAUAUACUCCAAAGUCUGGAGAUUGAACUCCAAUCUCAACUGAGCUGGAAAACUGAACGAGAGAAUGCCGUGGCAGAAAUUGAAGCUCAUUACAGAACUAUAUUGACUCAAAUUCAAAUGGCCAUUGGAAACAUUGAGGCCCAACUAAUGCAGCUGCGGAGUGACAUGGAGCAACAGAGUACUGAAUACAACAUCCUCUUGGACAUUAAAGUCAAGCUAGAAGUAGAGAUUGCUACUUAUCGCCGUCUCCUGGAAGGGGAGAAUUGGAGAACGAUUGCUUCAGAUUUAGAGACAAGCAAAGAGAUUGAAAAAGAAAAAAUUAAAACUCUGAGGAUCAAGACUGUGGUCGAAGAGAUGGUGGAUGGAAAAGUAGUAUCCUCCCAAGUCAAUGAGAGAGAAGAGAAGAUGUCUACAUUUCUGCACAAGGAAGAUCCUUUCUCUUGUCCUGGAAUCAUGAGCUUCUUGAGUCAGUCAUCCAGACAAGCCUCUUCCUCCCGCAGUGGCAGAGGAGGAACAAGAGUAUCUGGUGGUGGAUCGUGCAGCUUUAGUAGUAGAUCAAGUAGCAGGGUCGUUGGUAGUGGUUGCAGCAGUGGUGGCAGUGGUGGCAGUGGAGCAUGGGGCAUGUGCAACUUCAGUGGGGGGGCAGAAAGCAGGAGCAGGUUGGGCUCUGGUGGCCUAGCAUGCAGAGGCAACAGAUCAAGGACCUUGAGUGCUGGAUGGGGCACUUCUGGUUCAGCUGGAGCAUUUGGUAGCUUUGCAGGUGGUGACAGUGCCCUUCUUUCUGGUGGUGAGAAGCAAACAAUGCAAAACCUUAAUGACCGCUUAGCAACUUACCUUGGAAAUGUCCAAGCACUGGAAGAGGCUAACAGUGAACUUGAAAGUAAAAUUGCAGAAUGGUAUGAAAUGUUUCAAGCAGGAAACCAAGCGGGACAACAACAAGACUAUAGUGAAUAUUAUGCCAUUAUUGAUGACCUUAGGAAUCAGAUAGUUGCUACAUCAAUUGACAAUGGAACAAUGAUUUUGCAGAUUGACAAUGCUAGAUUGGCUGGUGCUGAUUUCAAACUCAAGUAUGAUAAUGAAUUGGCCAUCCAUCAAAGUGUUGAAAUGGACACCAAUGGCUUACGAAAGGCCCUGGAAGAAAUUGAGAUAACAAGCAGUGAUCUUAAAGUGCAGAUUAACAGCUUUACUGAAGAACUGGAAUAUAUGAAGAAAAAUCAUGAGGAGGAUAUGGGCUCAAUGAAUGAUUCUACUGCAGCUGGAGGUAUCAACGUUGAAAUGAAUGUCACACCUGGAGUUGACCUGACUACUCUCCUUAAUGAGAUGAGGAGUGAAUAUGAGGUUCUGGCUGAGCAGAAUAGAGAGGAUAUUGAGGCUUGGUUUAAUGAGCAGAGCCAAGAACUGAACAAGCAGAUCAACAUCAAUGUUGAGGAAACCAGUACCAACAAGAGUGAGAUUACUGAACUGAAACGCACUUUGCAGAGUCUUGAAAUUGAACUGCAAUCUCAACAAUCACUGAAACAAUCUCUUGAGGCUACUCUAGUAGAGACAGAAGGUCAGUACUGUGGCCAACUGUCCCAAAUGCAAGAAGUGAUUGGCAGUAUGGAAGGCCAAGUACAGCAGAUAAGAGAUGACAUGGAGUGUCAGAACAGAGAAUACGAACAGCUCCUGGAUGUUAAGAUCCGCUUGGAAAAUGAAAUUGACACUUACCGAAGUCUCAUUGAUGGAAGUGAAAGUACUGAUAGAACUUCAGGAGGAAGAGACAUGAGACCACUUUCAGAUGUUAAAUCCAGAGGACAAACAGGUUCAAAAUCUAGAGACCAGCCAUCUUUCAGCUCUAGAUCUAAAGCAGAUUUAAGAUCCAGGGAAUCAUCAUCAGGUACUCAAUCUAGAAGUGGGGAAUCUGCAGAGCAAAGAUUUAAGAUACAAGAAUAUGCCACCUCUCAGUCCCAGUCCAAAGGUUCUGGAUCUGGAGAUUCUAAACAGACAGAUAAAUUAGGAUCUGGAAACAAUCUCAGAGACCCCCAAAAAACAAGAGUGAUCAGGACCAUAGUGGAAGAUAGAAUUGGUGACCAAGUUGUCUCAACUCGUGUUCAAUCUGUUGAAGAAAAGCCCAUUAAAUAAGCAGCCUCAACUUUACUACGAAGUCUUUCAAAGCAUAGCACACAGAUAGAAACAGAUAGAUACCUUUGAAAAUAGGAUCACCUUUCCUUCUUGGCUUCUGCAACUGCUUCUUUUCAGAGCACAUUUCUUCUUUGCAAUUCUAAAAUGAAAAUGUUGACUUCAUUUUUGGCAUUCCGCAAUAAACAUUGCAUGUUGCA